UAUGGCGAAUUGACUCUUGGGCUGUACCGGAGACGCCGCAGCUUAUGGUGGUUUGUGCAGAAUCACAUUCUCCCUCUCAAUUGUGCUCUUUUCAUUGUUCGAGUUGACGAUACCACUCGCAGAGUCGAUCGAACGCAUCGGAGGAGUUUCAGUUUCAGUGUUGCUUAGGGUUUAGCCGGAUCAAUACCUCACCGACUGUGAGUUUGAUCUUUGCCAAUUGGAUUUGUGUUGCUCAGUUUCAUCGGAAUCUCAACGCAACACUUUGUGAUUUCGAGUUCGUGAGCUCCGUGUUGAAUUUCGCGAUCGCACGCUAUACGGCCAGCGAGUUUGGAUCGUCACGGUAAGUAGGUUUUCUGCACACUUCUGCUUCGAGAGAGAGAGGAAAGGGAGAGAAAAUCUUGAGCUAUCAUUCUCUAUCCGGCGACCUCCACCGCUUUCCAAGGCUCUUACACGGUGAAUUGUUGAGCGAUUACACUGUUUCCCUUGUUUGUUUCAAAUCGCAAGUUCACGAAACCCUAGACUCCGGACCAAUGGUUAGAAGAGCGGUGCCGAUUCUAAAACGUCUUAUUCAAUCACCGAACAAUCCGAAUACAGUACAGCUGGCAUGGGGAUCGAGGCUCGAAGCGCAGCGAUCCGUCACGUACAUGCCCCGGCCCGGGGACGGCGCUCCGAGGGCGGUGACUCUCAUUCCUGGCGAUGGAAUCGGGCCACUGGUGACCGGUGUCGUCGAGCAGGUGAUGGAGGCGAUGCACGCGCCUGUGUACUUCGAGCGGUACGAGAUCCACGGCGAUAUGAAGCGAGUGCCUCAGGAAGUGAUCGAUUCCAUCAAGAAGAACAAGGUGUGCAUCAAGGGAGGUUUGAUUACUCCCGUCGGAGGAGGCGUGAGCUCGCUCAACGUCCAGCUGCGGAAGGAGCUUGAUCUCUACGCCUCCCUCGUGCAUUGCUUCAAUUUGCCUGGUUUGCCCACGCGCCAUGAAAACGUCGACAUCGUUGUCAUUCGGGAGAACACCGAGGGGGAGUACUCCGGCCUGGAACACGAGGUAGUUCCUGGCGUCGUUGAAAGUCUCAAGGUGAUGACAAAGUUCUGCUCAGAACGCAUUGCACAAUAUGCUUUUGAGUAUGCAUACUUGAACAACAGAAAGAAAGUCAGUGCUGUGCAUAAAGCAAACAUUAUGAAGCUUGCAGAUGGUCUGUUCCUAGAAUCAUGCAGAGAGGUUGCAACCAAAUAUCCUGGAAUCAAAUACAAUGAAAUUAUUGUGGACAACUGCUGCAUGCAACUUGUUUCGAAGCCUGAGCAGUUUGAUGUCAUGGUGACACCUAAUCUUUACGGCAACCUAGUUGCAAAUACUGCUGCAGGUAUAGCUGGAGGCACAGGAGUCAUGCCUGGAGGGAAUGUUGGGGCUGAUCAUGCUGUUUUUGAGCAAGGCGCUUCGGCAGGGAACGUUGGAAAUAUGAAAUUAGUGGAGCAGAAGAAAGCAAACCCAGUGGCCUUGCUGCUCUCAUCGGCCAUGAUGCUGAGACAUCUCCAGUUUCCAUCAUUUGCCGAUCGACUAGAAACUGCCGUAAAAAGGGUUAUUUCAGAGGGCAGAUACCGGACGAAAGACCUUGGGGGAGGCAGCACCACACAAGAUGUGGCUGAUGCUGUCAUGGCAGCUUUGGACUAAGGGAUCCUUGCUGUAACUUGGUGUAUCUCUGCCGGUUUUGGGGGACUGGUGAAUAAGAGAUAAAAAGGCCAAAAAAAAAAUGCAGAAAGGAGUGUCUCGUCUCGUAGUAGCAUUUUCUUUUUACCAUUUAUUUUACUUUCUAAGUAGUGUAUUAUGAUUUAGAUUGUGGCGGUGGGUGCAUCACCACAAUUUUAAAUUAAAUUGACAAAGGUUUUAUUUCAUAAAUGAAACUAAAAAUAUAGCGUAUUAGCACAUGACAUGGGACAAUUGGGUUGGGAUAAAGAUGGAAGGCGUGCCAUUAUUGGAAAAUGACAAUUGAAAGGCCAUUGCCAUUAAUCAAUAAUUUUGGGCCCGUUUCAGCUUUUGUUUUUAUCUUGUUAAAUGGUAAAUUGUUGACGAAAGAAAUUCUAAUUCUCAUGUGAAUGGUUUAUAAUUCUCUCUUUUCCUUUC